AAAAAUUAAAGCGUCACAGCUGACUUGUCCGCCAUCUUGGACAGAAACGUAAACAUUCAUUCUCUCUCGGUGUGCUGGGGAAGGCUUGCUGCGAGUCUGUCCGCUGUCAAACGAGGCAGAAAACGCGUGUUUCCCCGCCCCUUGGUCGGCGCAUGCAGUUUGAAAGACGAUCGCUGAGACGUCGGAUCCUCAGAAUGGCCCAUUACUGCGUUCCGUGAGCAAGAACCCAGACAUGGAAGACGUGGGCGGAGCUGCGAGUGCAGACUGAGGCACAGACGGAGCGGAAAUGGACCAGGACUAUGAGAGACGCCUUCUCAGGCAGAUCAACCACCAGAACCUGCCUGAUGGUCACAUGUCCAAGUCAGGCUUUGCCACAUGCAGUCCAGUCAGUAUUAAGUCAGGCGACAGGUUCAUUCCCACUCGUGCAGGAAGCAACUGGAGCAUCAACUUUCAUUAUGCCAACGAAAACUGCUGGUCUCCCAACCAAAAUCAGCGCUCGAAGGACACCAGCGCAGACACAGGAAAGGAUGCAGUGGCCUACGCUGCUCUGCUUCGGAACGAGCUCCUGGGAGCAGGCAUCGAGACUGUCCCUGACCCUCACACGGACGACCGACAGCAUGCCGUCCUCUCCCAGGACAUUCACAACCUCUUCAGGUACACACUUCACACAAAGAGAGUGCCUUUCGACAGCGGCACUGACAUCUCCCCGUAUUCCCUUUCUCCCCUCAGCAACAAAAGUCACAAGCUGUUGCGCUCACCGCGAAAGCCGGCCCGAAAGAUCUCCAAAAUCCCUUUUAAGGUUCUGGAUGCACCGGAGCUGCAGGACGACUUCUACCUUAACCUGGUAGACUGGUCCGCCGGAAACCUGCUCAGUGUCGGUCUUGGUGCUUGUGUGUACCUGUGGAGCGCCUGCACCAGUCAGGUGACACGGUUGUGUGAUUUGUCGGUAGAUGGAGACUCCGUGACUUCAGUCUGCUGGAAUGAGAGGGGAAGCUUAGUUGCUGUAGGAACCCACAAAGGCUUUGUACAGAUUUGGGAUGCAGCCGGAGGGAGGAAGUUAACCAGCCUGGAAGGACACUCGGCUCGUGUCGGUGCUUUAGCAUGGAACGGCGAGCAGUUAUCCUCGGGCAGCAGGGACAGGGUGAUCCUGCAGAGGGACGUCCGCGCACCGCCUGCUGCUGAGAGGAGGCUACAGGGCCACAGACAGGAAGUCUGCGGCCUCAAAUGGUCCCCUGACCACCAGCAUCUCGCCUCCGGGGGCAACGAUAACAAGCUCCUGGUGUGGAACAGCUCGAGCCUGGUGCCCGUGCAGCAGUACAGCGAGCAUUUAGCUGCAGUAAAGGCCAUCGCAUGGUCGCCCCAUCAGCACGGCCUGCUGGCAUCCGGAGGAGGUACGGCCGACCGCUGCCUGCGCUUCUGGAACACGCUCACGGGACAGGCGCUGCAGAGCACUGACACCGGCUCCCAAGUCUGUAACUUGGCCUGGUCCAAACAUGCCAACGAGUUGGUCAGCACUCACGGCUACUCGCAAAACCAGAUCCUGGUGUGGAAAUAUCCAUCACUCACGCAGGUGGCCAAGCUAACGGGCCACUCGUACCGUGUGCUCUACUUGGCUGUGUCUCCAGACGGGGAAGCCAUAGUGACAGGAGCAGGAGACGAGACUCUCAGGUUCUGGAAUGUCUUCAGUAAAACACGGUGCACCAAGGAAUCCAAAUCAGUACUGAAUCUCUUCACCAGGAUACGGUAGUGUCAAAGGACUAAGGAGGACUUUUCAGAGAGAAUCUGGCAUCUCCUCCUCUUCCUCCUCCUCCUCCUCCUCUCCACACUCCUCCCCAUGUCUUCAUUAAAAACCCCUAGUUUGUGUAUUGUUUCGACUUUCUCGUUAAUGUAUCAUGUGAGAGCCGAGAGGAUGUUGUGUAAUGUAUGUAGAGAGAAACAGUUUAUCUAUAAUGCCUGUUAUUUUCACUAUUUUGUAAGAACAAAUACAAACGGGAUCUUGUUCAUCUGAGAGACGUCCAUAUGGAAAUAAAUACACUACUGCAGGAUCUCUGUUAGUAGUUUAUGAAAAA